GAACCUCGAAUCGAUCGUGUUUAUGUUGUAGACUUCUUUCUCUCUCUCUCUUUCUCUCUCUCACACACACACACAUACAUAGUAAAUUUCCACCGGCGAAGUCUCUUUUGGAUUCGCCGAUCGCACGGCCAUCAAAUGACUCUCAUGACUCCUCCGCCAAUGGACCCCGAGGACGAUCAAAUGCUCGUUCCCCACUCUGAUUUUGCUGCCGAUGCCCCUCAACCCAUGGAAGUUGCACCCGCAGAAACUGGCAAUACAGUGGAUGCACAGGCGGUUGAUGAUCCACCAUCAGCACGGUUCACAUGGACAAUUGAGAAUUUUUCAAGGCUAAAUACCAAGAAGUUAUACUCUGAAGUUUUCUAUGUUGGAGGAUACAAAUGGCGUGUGCUUAUAUUCCCAAAAGGGAACAAUGUGGACCACUUGUCUAUGUAUUUGGACGUUGCGGAUUCUUCGACUUUGCCAUAUGGGUGGAGUAGAUCCGCACAAUUCAGCUUAGCUGUUAUCAAUCAAAUCCAUAGCAAGUUCACAGUUAGAAAAGAUACACAUCACCAGUUCAAUGCGCGAGAAAGUGAUUGGGGUUUCACUUCGUUCAUGCCUCUUAGUGAACUAUAUGACCCAGGUAGAGGUUAUCUUGUGAACGAUACAUGCAUAGUUGAAGCUGAUGUUGCUGUCCGUAGAGUUGUUGAUUACUGGUCACAUGACUCAAAGAAAGAGACUGGUUAUGUUGGACUAAAAAAUCAAGGAGCUACUUGUUAUAUGAACUCUCUCCUCCAGACAUUGUACCAUAUUCCUUAUUUUAGAAAGGCAGUGUAUCAUAUGCCAACAACCGAGAAUGAUAUGCCAUCAGGGAGCAUCCCUCUGGCUUUGCAGAGUUUAUUCUAUAAGCUCCAGUACAGUGACACUAGUGUAGCAACAAAAGAGUUGACCAAAUCGUUUGGGUGGGACACAUAUGAUUCUUUUAUGCAGCAUGAUGUUCAAGAACUUAACAGGGUUCUUUGUGAAAAGCUUGAAGACAAAAUGAAGGGAACUGUGGUGGAGGGUACAAUACAGCAGUUAUUUGAAGGGCACCACAUGAAUUAUAUUGAGUGCAUCAAUGUGGACUACAAAUCGACAAGGAAGGAGUCAUUUUAUGAUCUUCAGCUUGAUGUCAAAGGCUGUCGGGAUGUUUAUGCUUCUUUUGACAAGUAUGUGGAAGUGGAGCGUCUUGAGGGUGAUAAUAAAUAUCAUGCUGAACAGCAUGGAUUGCAGGAUGCUAGGAAGGGUGUACUGUUCAUUGACUUCCCCCCUGUUCUUCAGCUUCAGUUGAAACGGUUUGAAUAUGAUUUUAUGCGGGAUACUAUGGUAAAGAUAAAUGAUCGCUAUGAGUUCCCUUUGCAACUUGAUCUUGAUAGAGAGAGUGGCAAGUAUUUAUCACCUGAGGCUGAUAGGAGUGUUCGCAACUUGUACACUCUUCACAGUGGUGGUGACAAUAAUGGUAGGGGUAGUGGUGGUGGUGGUGGUGAUGGCGACGGCAAUGGUGGUCGUGGCAAUNGAAGCUUGUAUAUUUGUUAUAAUCUUUAUCAUCUAUUAACUAAUUUUCAGGAGGAAGUUGCUAAAGAAUUUGGUGUGCCAGUGCAAUUUCAACGUUACUGGCUUUGGGCAAAGCGCCAAAACCACACAUACCGUCCAAAUCGGCCAUUGACUUCUCAGGAGGAAGUUCAAUCGGAGGAAGUUGCUAAAGAAUUUGGUGUGCCAGUGCAAUUUCAACGUUACUGGCUUUGGGCAAAGCGCCAAAACCACACAUACCGUCCAAAUCGGCCAUUGACUUCUCAGGAGGAAGUUCAAUCGGAGGAAGUUGCUAAAGAAUUUGGUGUGCCAGUGCAAUUUCAACGUUACUGGCUUUGGGCAAAGCGCCAAAACCACACAUACCGUCCAAAUCGGCCAUUGACUUCUCAGGAGGAAGUUCAAUCGGUUGGACAACUGAGAGAGGUAUCCAACAAAGCUAAUAAUGCAGAGCUAAAAUUAUUUUUGGAAGUAGAACUUGGAUUGGAUUUGCGACCGGUUCCUCCACUUGGGAAGACCAAAGAGGAGAUUCUUCUUUUCUUCAAACUUUAUGACCCUCUUAAAGAGGAGCUUCGGUAUGUAGGGCGGCUUUUUGUGAAAGGCAUUGGGAAGCCAUUAGACAUAUUGAUGAAGCUAAAUGAACUCGCUGGCUAUGCUCCUGAUGAAGAAAUUGAACUAUUUGAGGAGAUAAAAUUUGAACCUAACGUCAUGUGUGAACCCAUUGACAAGAAGCUCACUUUUCGUAGUAGUCAGCUUGAAGAUGGGGAUAUUAUUUGCUUUCAGAAGUCCCUUCAGGUUCACUCUAGUGAUCCAUGCCGUUAUCCUGAUGUUCCCUCAUUUCUUGAAUAUGUGCACAAUCGUCAGGUUGUUCGAUUCCGUUCUCUGGAGAAACCGAAGGAGGAUGAGUUUUGUCUUGAGUUGUCAAAACUUCAUAAUUAUGAUGAAGUAGUGGAAAAAGUAGCCCGUCAUCUAGGCUUGGAUGAUCCGUCUAAAAUUAGGCUUACAUCUCACAACUGCUACUCCCAGCAACCUAAACCGCAGCCUAUCAAAUACCGAGGAGUAGACCAUCUUUCAGACAUGCUUGUCCACUACAAUCAGACUACGGAUAUUUUAUAUUAUGAAGUAUUGGAUAUUCCCCUGCCGGAACUGCAAGGCCUGAAAACUUUGAAAGUCGCAUUUCAUCAUGCUACCAAAGAUGAAGUGGUAAUUCAUACUAUUAGGUUGCCGAAACAAAGUACCGUAGGGGAUGUUAUUAAUGACCUUAAGACAAAGGUUGAGUUGUCUCAUCCAAAUGCAGAACUUAGAUUACUUGAGGUGUUCUAUCACAAGAUCUACAAGAUUUUUCCACUUAGUGAAAAGAUCGAGAACAUUAAUGAUCAAUACUGGACAUUACGCGCAGAGGAGAGCACAAAGGCCGGACAAGCAGGGCGGAGCCAGAAAAAUUCUUAA